AAGGAGAAAUAAAAACAGUUAAAUUGAAGCUCUGUGAUUUGACUCUGGUGUGGAGUAUGAGGUCAGCAGUCCCACCCCCUCCCUGGGUUAUAGAUGCUGGUGGACCCUGAUGUUUGUAAAAAACUCGGCAGCCUGUGAACUGCAGUCCUGAAGCAGCUGUUGCCGUGGUGACAUUCGUCCGCUAACAUGCUCAUCCGACCGCUGCUCCCGCUGCUCCUGCUGCUCGCUGCGGUCGUGCUGGUCUCCUGCAACUCUGCUAGGAAGAUACGAGUGAGGAGACAGAACAUGAAGGUUCGGAUCAACGCCACCGAGGACACGAUCAUCCUCAAGUUUGUCCGUCCCAACCCCGACAUCAAGCUGGAAGGGUACAUCCUUGGCUACGGCAGCAGCAUGUUCUCCAAACAGUUCAUCAAGCUGCCAGACAACGGGGAGCCUUAUGAGACUGAGAUCGAUGCAGAGCCCAAGUACCUGGUGGCUGUCCAGCCUGUUCCCUCCAAUGAUGUGAAGAAACAAUGCAAAGAAAGAUACUUCCUGGAAAAACCCCUCCACCUAGUGGUUGGAACUGUCACCCCAACCUCAGUGCUUCUGUCUUGGGGGGCCCUGGUAAAGACUUCUUACGAGGGCAAUAUCCUGAGGGACUGCCUGGACGACGGAAACUUCACUGUGCGCUAUAGGGAGAUGAACAGGAGGUGGAACUAUCAGACAUGCCCUACCAGUGACACAGUGAUCGACCACCUGAAGCCUGACACUCCUUACGAGUUUUCCGUUCGACCGAACCAGGUUGCUCGUAAAGUGUGGAGCAAGACUGUCGUUCACAACACCUUCAUGGAUGACAAACCCAAGCAGAACCCCAUCAUACCGAAGGUCAUCAACACUAAGCCUGGGAAGCCUGUGCCCCAUGGACCCCAAUCACCUCCAAUCAACAUUCACAACAGUCCUCAAACCAAAGUAUUCCCAGUGCCGAAAAAACCUGGCCCUGCAGCUACCAAAUCACCUCCUGCACCCCCCAAAAGCCGCCCAGAAAUUCCCCCCGUGGUGAAAGACAGAACACCUCAAAGUCCGCUGUCACCCCUGGAUGCAGGGCACCCCAAAGUUCCCCAUCCAGGAAGAGACAGCUCUCAUAAAAAUGUCGAUGUCAAUCCAGCAGCAUCCUACCCCAAAAUCCUGUUCACCAGCCUUCAUAUUACCUCAGUUUCCAGUAAAACUAGCCUCCCCAAAGACACAAAAAUAUGGGAAAUAGUGCUGCGCGGGUUACCUAUCACCACCCAGACUCCACUGACUUCUGCAGGAUCACCUAGUACCACACAAAGUCCACUGACUUCAGUGCCAUCACCUAGUACCACAAAGAAUCUACUGACUACUAAGUUAGCUAGUAUCACACAAAAUCCACUGACUACAGGGACAUCACCUACUACCAUCCAAAGUCAACUACCUACUGUGGGAUUACCCAGUACCACACAGAGUCAACUAAUUACUGGGCCACAUAGUAUCAUUCAGAUGCCACUCACUACAGUGGGGUUGCCUAGUACCACCCAAAAUCCAUUGACUACGGGGUCACCAAGUACCUCACAGAGUCCACUGACUACUGGGCCACCUAGUACCAUCCAGAUGCCUAUGAUUACAGUAGGGUCACCUAGUAUCAUCCAGAGUCAACUGACUACAGUGAAGUCACUUUGUACCACACAGAAUCCACUCACUACUGGGUUACCUAGUCCCACACGAAGUCCACUGACUACAGAGAGGUCACCAAUUACCACCCAGAGUUCACUGGCUAAAGGGAGGUCACCUACUACUACCUGGAGUCCACUAACUAAACUGGGGUCACCUAGUACCACCCAGAGUCCACUAACAACUGUGGGAUCUUCCAGUAUGACACAGAGUCCACUGACAACUGUGAGGUCACCUAGUACCACCCAGAGUUCAUUAAGUACUGUGGGGCCAUCACGUACCACCCAGAGUCCAUUGACUAUAGGGAGGUCACCUAGUACCGCACAAAGUCCACUGACUACAGUGAGGUCACCUAGUACUGGCCAAAGUCUAGUGACUACAGGGAGGCCACCUAGUACCACACAGACUCCACUGACUACAAGGAGGUCACCCAGUACCACACAGAGUCCACUGACACCUGUAGGGUUGCCUAGUACCACUAAGAGUCCACUUACUACUGUUGGGUCACCCAGGACCACCCAGAAUCCACUGACUACUGUAGGGUCAUCUAGUACCACCCAGAGUUCAUUGCCUACUCGAUCACCUAGUACCACGAAGCAUCCACUGACUACAGCGGGGUCACCCAGUACCACACAGAGUCCACUGACUACAGGGAGGUCUCCUAGUACCACCCAGACACCACUGACUACAAGGAGGUCACCCAGUACCACACAGAGUCCACUGACUACAGGGAGGUCUCCUAGUACCACCCAGACACCACUGACUACAAGGAGGUCACCCAGUACCACACAGAGUCCACUGACUACUGUCGGGUCACCCAGGACCACCCAGAAUCCACUGACUACUGCAGGGUCACCCAGUACCACACAGAGUCCACUGACUACUGUGGGGUCACCUAGUACCACCCAGAGUCCAUUAAGAAUUACACAAUUGCCCAGUACCACUAAGAGUCCACUGAAUGCUGUCAGGUCCCCCAGUACCACACAGAGUCCAUUGACAAUUGUGCGAUUACAUAGGACCACCCAGAGUCCACCUAGCACCACCCAGACUCCACUGACUAAAGUGAGGUCACCUAGAACCACUCAGAGUCCACCGACUGAAGUGAGGUCACCUAGAACCACCCAGAGUCCACUGACUACAGGGAGGUCCCCUAGCACCACCCAGACUCCCCUGACUACGUCACCUAGUACCACCCAGAGUCCAUUAAGAAUUACACAAUUGCCCAGUACCACUAAGAGUCCACUGAAUGCUGUCAGGUCCCCCAGUACCACACAGAGUCCAUUAACAAUUGUGCGAUUACAUAGGACCACCCAGAGUCCACCUAGCACCACCCAGACUCCACUGACUAAAGUGAGGUCACCUAGAACCACUCAGAGUCCACUGACUGAAGUGAGGUCACCUAGAACCACCCAGAGUCCACUGACUACAGGGAGGUCCCCUAGCACCACCCAGACUCCCCUGACUACUGUGGGGUCACCUAGUACCACCCAGAGUCCAUUAAGAAUUACACAAUUGCCCAGUACCACUAAGAGUCCACUGAAUGCUGUCAGGUCCCCCAGUACCACACAGAAUCCAUUGACAAUUGUGCGAUUACAUAGGACCACCCAGAGUCCAUCUAGCACCACCCAGACUCCACUGACUAAAGUGAGGUCACCUAGAACCACUCAGAGUCCACUGACUGAAGUGAGGUCACCUAGAACCACCCAGAGUCCACUGACUACAGGGAGGUCCCCUAGCACCACCCAGACUCCACUGAUUACUGUUGGGUCACCUAGUACCACCCAGAGUUCACUCCCUACUGGAUUGCCUAGAACUACCCAAACUCCACAGACUACUGUGGGGUCACUUAGAACCACCCAGAGUCCACUGACUACAAGGAGGUCCCCUAGCACCACUCAGACUCCACUGAUUACUGCUGGGUCACCUAGGACCACCCAGAAUUCACCUAGCACCACCCAGACUCCACUGACUAAAGUGAGGUCACCUAGAACCACCCAGAGUCCACUGACUACAGGGAGGUCCCCUAGUACCACCCAGGGUCCACCGACUAGAGUGGGGUCACUUAGUACCACACAGAGUCCACUGAUUACCAUAGGGUCACCUAGUACCACUCAGAGUCCAUUGCCUAUUCGAUCACCUAGUACCACUAAGAGUUCGCCAACAUCUACAGGGUUAUCUAAAACCACCCAGAGUCCACUGACUAGAGUGGGGUCACUCAGUACCACUCAGAGUCCAUUGACUACUGUGGAAUCACCUAGGACUACCCAGGCUCCACUGCCUACAGUGAUAUCACCUAGUACCACCCAAGGCCCACUGACUAAUUCGGCCAACGACAGACACAUAAAGGCUGUCUCCCACACUGCUUUUGGCCAAUCAGAGGAUGAGCUCUCUCUGCCCUCCCUCGCCAGUGAAACAGCAAAUAGUAAUGACUGGGGUAAAAGAGAGCCGAAAAAGACCACCACCUCCUCGCCAAAUGUCCCCCGCAGUGUGGCUGUUACCGUGCCGACCCAUAAACCCACAUCUGGCAAAGUCUCCAGCCCCUCCACGUCUUAUGGCAUGAGACCAUAUUCCUCCCCCAGUGUACCCGAGCCCUCCCACACCAGCGGCCCAGAUGACGAUGGUGAACAUCAUAAGGGAUUCAAACUUCCCAAACCAGUCAUUGAGCCUACAAUACCAAUGGGAUCUCCUUCUGAACCCCUCCCCAGUCCGAUCAGGAACGUCGACAUGAAAGGAAAACAUACUGAUAAAGAUGUGGGCAAUGUCACCAAACCGCAAUUUUUGCCUGACGAAGUGACUAAAGAGAUGAACAGGGCUUCCACCCCCAAGCCCCGCCUUCUUCAUGUGACAGUCGCACCCAUCAAACAGGAGCCCCAGCUGACAACAGCCUCACCCACUCUGAAGAGUCAAAAAGCCUCCCAAACUCUUAAAGAUCAAACAGCCACACCCACUCUUAAAGAUCAAACAGCCACACCCACUCUUAAAGAUCAAACAGCCACACCCACUCUUAAAGAUCAAACAGCCACACCCUCUCCUGACAGCGAAACAGCCACGUCCACUCCGGACAGUCAAACAGUCACACCUACUCUGAACGGUCAAACAACCACGCCCACUGUGAAAAGUCAAACAACCACGCCGACUCUGAAAGUUCAAACAACUAAGCCCACUCUGAAAGUUCAAACAACUAAGCCGACUCUGAAAGUUCAAACAACUAAGCCCACUCUGAAAGUUCAAACAACCAAGCCCACUCUGAAAGCUCGAAAAACCAUUCCAACUCCGAAAGGUCGUACAACCACGACCACUCCGAAAGUUCAAACAACCAAGCACACUCUGAAAGCUCGAAAAACCAUUCCAACUCCGAAAGGUCGUACAACCACGACCACUCCGAAAGUUCAAACAACUAAGCCCACUCUGAAAGUUCAAACAACUAAGCCCACUCUGAAAGCUCGAAAAACCGCUCCAACUCCGAAAGGUCGAACAACCACGCCCACUCCAAAACGUCAAACAACCACGCCCAAGCUGAAAAGUCAAACAACCCCUCCCACUCUGGACGAUCGAACCUCGAUGCCUACUCUGAAUGACAGCCGGGAUAACCUCUGGGAUAACACGUCUGUGUUCAGCCCGGUCCCUUCCUCUGAUGUAGAUGCCAUGGGAAAGAAGCGCUUCACCGCCCCUCAUGUGGUCUAUAAGACUGAUAAGAAGCCGGAGGAGCCUUGCUCCAUCACUGAAUCCCUCAAAUACUUCCCAAUGGAAGAGGGCGGAGACCUGAAUGUGACGGCCCCUCCCAGGUUCCCCCCCUCCAACCUGACAGUGGUGACCGUAGAAGGAUGCCCCUCCUUCAUUAUUCUGGACUGGGAGAAGGGUGACAAUGAGACAACAGACUAUGAGGUGACAGCAAGAGUUCCAAAUGGGAAAACCUCAAUCAUGAACACGAACCAGACGCAUGCUGCUUUAGAGAACCUUACCCCUAACAGCAGUUACGAGUUUCGAGUGAAGCCUUUCAAUGAGCUUGGGGAGGGCCCAUCCACGGACCCGGUGGUGUUCGACACGGAGUCCGCGGACCCACGCGUGAGUGAAUAUACCGCAGGAAGGGCCGCCAUUUGGACGCCGUUCUCCUUCAACGCAGAUGAGUACUCUGAAUGCCGUGGCAAACAGUAUGUGAAGAGGACUUGGUACCGCAAGUUUGUCGGAAUCCAGCUCUGCAACUCUCUGAGAUAUAAGAUCUACCUGAGUGACUCCCUCAAAGGGAAGUUUUACAAUAUCGGAGACCAAACGGGCAACGGGGAGGAUCACUGCCAAUUUGUGGACUCCUUCUUGGACGGGCGGACAGGCCACCAACUUCUAGCAGAGCAGCUCCCUCCAAGGACUGGGUUCUACAGAGCAAUGCGUCAGGAGCCCGUCAGUUUCGGGGAGAUAGGAGGACGCUCUCACAUCACUUAUGUACCAUGGUAUGAGUGCGGAACACCCAUACCAGGGAAGUGGUGGUAGGACCCCUGGGGCUGUCCGUGUAGAAGCCUGUGAGAAAUCUCUCCCUUGGUGGACAGCAGUGGCCAGAGGCUUGAGGUUCUCAAGAGUGAAGGGGGUGGGGUUCCACUGUAAGACACCUGGUUCUGGGGUGAAGGUUCCUGCGGCUUCCCAAACUCCUAAGACCGGGGGACUACAUUGUAUAGAAUACAGCACUUCAUUGUACAGCAGGGCUGCCCAACCCUAUUCCUGGACAUCUACCAUCCUUGUAGAAUUUCGCUCAGAGCCUAACAAGGUACACUUCGUUCAACAGCUAGAUAUCUCAUUGAGCUGCUAAUUAGUAGAAUCAGGUGUGUCAAAUUAGGGUUGAAAUGAAAACCUGCAGGAGGGUAGAUCUCCAGGAACAGGGCUGGGCAGCCAUAUUGUACAGUAUACAGACCUAAGUACCAAUUGCUCUAUGGUGUGCAUUUGUAAAACCUAUUCACAUUGAAUUAUUUAACAAAUGAAAAACUCAAAAUGUAGAAAAAAACAAAAGCAAAGACUAUCAAAAAAUAUUUUUAAAUGAGUUAAUAUACUGGGAAGCUGGCUCCCUAAAACUAUUUUAUUAUCUUGUAUGAGAAAAUCAGAUUGUAAUUAAAUAUUUCUCAAGGUUUGCCAGUGGAAUAAAAGACAGAAGAACAGUACACCAGCAAUGAAAUAAGUGUCUUCUCUCUUUUACACAAACAAGUAGAUGGGUAUCAGACCAAGAAGACCUUCACAUUUGUAUAAAACAUGAAACAGAGUCAUAAAUAAAUGCAAUGAUAAUAAUAAUAAUAAUAAUAAUAAACAACAAAGGAUACCUGAACGAUAUCGGACUCAGUGCAGCUCAUGUUUGGGGCCUACCAGGCAGAUUAUGGCUGUAAAACUGAUUGUUGGAGAGGUCUCAGAACAUUCCUGCAAGGUUAAGAUGCAAACAUAUGUGCCCCUGGGUCAGUCAAACAGUGGUCUCUCGGUUUCAUGCCCAUCUUUUUUUUUGUGCUAUAGCAAAACAUGGUGUUUAUUUUUCUGUCCGCCGGCAACCUUUCUCAAAACUGUGUUUUGUGUCAUCUGGGAAUCGUGAUGGAUUGGUACGGGAAUCUUUGUUCUGCAAGAUUGCGAAAAACCCAGGAGGAUGGAUGCAUAAAAUGUUAGGCGGUACUCUCUCAAACAAAAUGGAGGGCGAUGCAAGCAAGCAUGGAAUGGGACUAUGCAAGUGGCUGAGUAUUCUGAAUUGGCAAUAAAAAUGAAUAUGUUCUUUUUUUUUAAACUAGCAUCACUUUCAAAUGUGAGUCUUGUGCUUAUACAAUAUGAAGAAAGCUACUUUGCAUUACAGUGAUCCAAGGCACUCGUUUAAGAAAAAUGAAAGCCUCCAUUAUAAAAUGGCAAAGCGGUUUAAAACAGCCUGGUUUAAAAUGACCAAUGCGUUGUGAGUCUUGUACUUGUUGAAUACAUUUUCUUGUGUCAGCCCUACUCUGUUUGAUGGUUAUGGACUGAGCACUUCAGAAGCAAUUUGCACUGCCAGCUGGCUUUCGUAGGAAUUUUGGAAAGAAGGAAAAAUCAUUCUUGAACAAAUUUGCAGAUCUCAUCCCUUCAAAGGUUGUACUACCAUUCAUGCUGUGUCUCUUGUCUGUCUUCAGAUUAUACAUUUAUAAUGUUCUUUAUGUAUUAUCAUAGGAAAUAAUGCAAAUAAUUCCUGUCUUAGUUCUGUAAUUUGUACAGAAAUACACUUGUGACAUUUGCAGCUAAGCAAUUUUUUUUUAAAUCAUUGUAUAUGGAAAAUAUUUUAUACAAAAAAGAUUUUGUUUUUAAUUGUACUAUCAUUCCAGUCUUCAUUUUCAGUAAUAAAAGAUUUUUUCUGUAAAAUAAAGUUUUUUUUUGGUCUUGCCUUGAUCCCUGCUUCAUUCACUAUAACAUUUCACUCAAUAAUAGAGACAUC